AGUCGCUUCUGAUUGGCUGCUGGCCUGCAGCAGGGACACUCACCUGCAGCUCAUUGGAUCAUCAGCCUGGCAGGGUUUAAGGAGCUGCAAGGCCUCCACUCUCUGCUGGAUGAAAACUUAAACAGGUUGUCGCUGGCCUGCUGAUGUCUCUUCUGAGAAACGCUAGAAUUUAUGUGACUCAUCGUUUUUUUUAGCUCCACUGUCUCUGCUUGGUUCACUCUUCUCUCUCUGAUCCUCCAGUGGUCCAGAACCGUGUGCUCACCUGCAGCCAGAUCCUAUACUCCCCUCCCCUCACCUUCCUCCUUCUGAGAAGCCUACAAGAUGAUCCCCAGACCGGAACCAAGGAGAACUUCUGCAAUAUUCGUACCUCUUUGAACAUAUUUAAAAUAAAUGCUUAAACUUGCCUCUGUUUCCCUGUGUGAUUCUGCAUGUGGGUCAGACUUCCUCCCAACAUGAUGCUUGUUGUUUUAAGCCCUUCCCUCACAGAUCCCACCUUAUGGUUACUGGGUGGCAGUCAGCAUUAGUGAGGGUCUUGAUUUCAGUCCAGGAUCUGCUUGUGUCUUCAGACAUGUGACGUCCUCUGACUAACACAGAUCCAGUCCGAACGCCGGUCCAGCCAGCUGCAGGAUUAUCCCGCUGCCAGAGAGCGCAGCUCGAACAGAACCUCUGAGGCUCAGCUGAGUGGAGCCAUGGCCGACAGGAACCAGGAUGAGAGAGUGCUGCAGCAGAUUGAGAGGGAGGUGCGCAUGCAGGAGGGAGCCUGCAAACUGCUGGCUGCCUGUUCCCAGAGAGAUCAGGCCCUGGAGGCCUCCAAGAGUCUGAUGACCUGCAACGCCCGCAUCCUGGCUCUGCUCGGCCAGCUGCAGAGGAUGAGGAGAGCACAGAUCUUGGAGAGAGAGGGACACGGGAUAUCUGAAGAUGCAGUGCCAUGUACUGGGAAAGUGUCACUUUCAGACCUGCGAAUCCCCCUCAUGUGGAAAGACUCGGAGUACUUCAAAAACAAAGGAGAGCUGCAUCGCUGCGCUGUGUUCUGCCUGCUUCAGUGCGGCUCAGACAUCCACGACACCGACCUGGUGAUGGUGGACAGGACGUUGACCGACAUCUGCUUUGAGGACGCGGUCGUAUUCGACAAGGUGGGUCCGGGCUUCUCACUCCGCGUCGAGCUCUAUAGCUGCUGCGCGGCCGAGGAUUUCCCUCCGGCGGCCCCGGCUCCGGCUCCCAGGAGAAUGAGCUUCCUGGGAGGCUCGCUGGGAUGCUCCUCUGGGAAAAAGAUCCGUGCCGCGUUUGAGUCUGCGUCUGCGUGUGGCUCUGUCUGUCCUGGUGGAGGGACCGCAAGGCCUGGACAUGUUUCACCUCCUUCUGCACUGGGCCCAAAGUAUAGCCUGUUAGCUCAGACAACACUGACUAUUGAAGAUGUCAGAGAGGGUUUCAAGACCCAUGAUUUAACACUUUCAGCAACAGAGGAUAAUCCUUUCUGGUUGCCUCUGUACGGAAACAUGUGCUGCCGCUUAGUCGCUCAGCCUUUAUGCAUGACUCAGCCAGCGAUAAGGGGCCAACUCAAGAUCAAGCUUGAGGAGGAUGCAGAUCAUUGGGGAAACUACUUCUGUGUCCUCAUAGGCCAAACUCUUCUCUGCUAUGGAAGUGGAGAAGACCUGGAGCCGGAGGACGAGCCUCUGCUUGUAAUCCCCGUCACAAAGGAUACCAACGUGUGUACGUCUGAGAGCGAUCCUGUCCACGGGCUGCAGAUUAGCAUUAGCAUGCAGCCUCAAAGAGGGAAUGCGACCUGCGCAGCUGCCACCCAGAAUGCUGCAGACUUGCCAGGCUGGAUCAAGGCCCUCCAGCAACAUGUCUACAGCCUGAGUCAGUGGAAACGGUGUUGCGAUGAGGUGAUGAAGAUUGAGGCACCGAGGUCCAGGAAACCCAAAGCGGCCAAGCAGGGAUCUCUGUUUCACGAAAUGGUAACGCCCUCCUCUCCGAGAAAAGGUCCUGCCAUUCCAGAUUUGUCUCAUGAGAUACGAACGUUGCUGUCCUCUUACUACAGCGAAAGCUAUUAAUCAUCCUGACAGAGAUACAGCGGUGGGCAGACGAUUUCUCCCGUUCUCCUCGUCUGUGGUUUUUUUUUUUUUUAAACCUG